UGUCUUACGAUGCUCAGAUAAGAGAUACUAUUGAUUAUAUAAAGAAUUCGAGAGAUCAGUCACAUUAUUUUGCUCGGUUAAGGGAUAGAGACGAUUGAACUUGAUUUGUUGCCCACAAAGGAAAUCUUGAAGUAUAAAAUGGCUACUAAUCAGGAACCAGAUUUAGUAGAGGUAGUAAAGGACGGCAUAUACAUAAUCAGAUUCAACCGACCGAAAAGGAAAAAUGCUUUUAACGACAAAAUUAUGCUUGGUCUAGGCCCUGCCCUAGAGAGAGCAGCAUCCAACCCAGAUGCUGUAAUUGCCGUUGUCACUGGAACGGGAGAUUACUUCACCUCGGGAAAUGAUCUCUCCAACUUCACAAAGGGAGCAUCAGGGUCAGGUGGUGCCUCUGAUAAAAAAGGUGAAGUAAAUUUAGAGCUAUUGGCACAGGCAACUGUUGGUAGUUUUAACAGACUAGUGAAAGCUUUCAUUGACUUCCCUAAACCUCUUGUUGCCAUUGUCAAUGGUCCGGCAGUGGGUAUUGGAGUCACCAUGCUAGGUCUCUGUGACAUCGUUUAUGCCACUAAUAGGGCAGUCUUCCACACGCCCUUUGUGAGUCUUGCACAAGCGCCUGAGGGAUGUUCCUCUUACCUCUUCCCUCGGAUCAUGGGACAGGGAAAGGCCGCAGAAAUGCUCGUCUUUGGAAAAAAGAUGAAUGCAGAGGAAGCAUGCAAGUUGGGUUUAGUGACUGAGGUGUUUCCAGAUGAGCACAUGGAUCAGGUCUGGCCAAGGUUGCAUCAGUGGGCCAAGCUUCCUCCCAUUGCCAUGAUGAGGGCUAAGGGCCUUAUCAGAUCACACUUAAAGGAUAAACUUCAUGAGGUGAAUGAUUUGGAAUGCAAACGUUUGGCAGAAUCAUGGACCACUGAAGAGUUUAUGACUUCAUUAAUGAAAUUCUUCACCAAGAAAUCAAAGCUUUAAGAAAAGUGGUAUAUAUGUGUGCCAACUUGAAUAGACUUAUCGCUGUAUUAUUGAUAUAUAGUUAGGUACUCCAUGUCAGCUGUUUGUUUGGGUACGAGUUUUAACAUUUUUUACAAAUAUGUAUAAUAUAUGUACUUUAAUGCAAUACAAGACAGAUUUGCCAUCUUUUCUGGUGGUUAUUAGGGUGUCACGUGAUGCACUGCAAUACCCAAAAGCUGUCUCGUGAUCAGAGGCGAGACAUGUUGCUCUGCUCCGCCCACUUUUGUGAUGAAAUGGUAAUAGCCACGGUUGACAGCUAGCUGUUUUACUGUACUUUCAACUGGUACACAAUAUUUUAGAAUAUAAUAACCUAGAUAACUUUUAAUCUUAUGUUGGUUUUGCUGUGUUUUAGAUAUCUAUAUGUAUGAAUAUGGAUGAAAAUAACUGAGGUAUGAGGAAUGCAUCUAUUAACUCGAUAUGUUUACCACCUACUCUAUUCCUGCUGCGCGAGAGGUGUCACCUUUGCCGUCACCGUUGGAAAAGAUGGCUUUUUUUGGUCACAGUGUACAUUCUGCAGUAGGAGUAAUAGAAUGAAAUUUUAUAUAUGACUGUUGAUAUUGGUAUAUGUGGGAGUGUAUGUCUUUCUGUGCAUCUAUAGUUGGUUGUCAUAAACAAAAUAUUUUUAUAAAUGAUGAAAAAUGGAUAAACACAAUAGUCUUCUUUUUUAUGUAUCAGAUAUGCAUUUAAUAUAUUGACCAAUUCAGUGUGA